CAGGCCCGGAGUAUUGAGGAUAGUUCGCGCUACUUGUCGCUCGGGUCAGUGUGCGGUACUUUCUGGUCUGAUUGGACUGUGUCGGGGGUGAGUGCGGGGUCUCCACUGCUGUGCGGGAUGAGGGGCUGGCGGCUCCUGCUGCUCUCUGUGCUCUUGGCUACCUGCGUCCUGCCCGCGUCAGGUGUAAAUACUUCAGUUUCAAAAAAAGGAAGAAACUUUGCGGGCAUACCAGACAACAGCACUGGGAUCUAUGGCUAUAAAGUGAACGAAUUUGCACAGAAGGUCUUGACUGGUGGCUUGACCAGAGUCUUCCUCCCUUUAAUUUACAUUAUUGUCUUUAUUGUUGGAUUGCCUAGCAAUGCCAUUGCAUUAUGGGUGUUCUUUUUCCGAACCAAGAAGAAGCACCCAGCGGUGGUCUAUAUGGCCAACUUGGCAAUGGCCGACUUAAUGUUCAUUAUCUGGAUUCCCCUCAAGAUUUCAUAUCAUCUGAAUGGCAACAACUGGGUCUAUGGAGAAGCCAUGUGCAAAGUCCUGGUGGGUUUUUUCUAUGGCAAUAUGUACUGCUCAAUACUUUUCAUCACGUGCCUGAGCGUUCAGAGAUAUUGGGUGAUUGUAAAUCCCAUUUCCCGUACCAGGAGGAACGCCAAAAUAGCGUUAAUUGUAUCAGGAGCCAUAUGGAUCAUAAUCAUGUUAAGCACCAUUCCGUUAUAUCUGAUCGAUCAGACCGUCUACGUCUCCAACCUCAACAUCACCACCUGCCAUGAUGUCUUGCCAGCGAGCGUUCUGGCUAGCGAUAUGUUCAGAUACUUCCUCUCUCUUGCCAUUGGGCUCUUUUUCUUCCCGGUCAUUCUCAUGUCAGUGGCUUACGCAUUUAUGAUUAAAACCUUGAAUGACUCUAUCACAGAUGAAACCAUUGGCAAAAAGCGAAGACGGGCCAUCAUGCUUAUCCUUACUGUGCUGGUGAUGUGCUUGGUGUGUUUUUUGCCCAGUAACAUCUUGCUGUUGGUGAACUAUGCCAUUAUAAGGGAAACCCACGUUGGUAACAUGUAUGCCUUCUACAUUACGGCCCUUUGUCUCUCGGCCUUGAACAGUUGCAUCGAUCCCUUUGUCUAUUAUUUUGUGUCCAAAGACUUCAGAGAUAAUGUCAAGAACACGUUCCUCUGCAGGAGUGUAAGGACUGUGGAGAGAAUGCAGAUCUCAUUUAGCUCUAUGAAAUAUUCCAGAAAGAGCAGUACUUACACCAGCACAUCCAGCAACACAAAAACCAGCAACUGCUAGAGACGGACCCUGUAGGAACAAGUUCUGACUAGAAGACUUGGGUAUUAUAUACCUUUUCUGUGUGAGAAUGCAGGCCCUCCCAGCCCAGGGAACCUGAUCAUGUACAAAUGUUACCUUCUGAGAUGCUAAUGAGAUCUUUUAUUACGUGGAAUCUGUUUGAAUGCAUUGUGUUGUGUGGAGGUAUUGUACCAUGUAGAAAAGCCGAAUUGUAAUUGGCCUUCAUGGGAACUUCCUUAUUACGACACACUGGAACUGAUCCCACGAGGGAGAAUGUGUCCCCUUCUUUCUUUAUAUGGGUUCCAUUAUCAUUCUGAAGGGGUGAGUGGGGGUUAGCAGAUUUCACAAGUUUGCGAGAACUGAGCUUUAAAGGGUCCAACCCUUUACACGUGAUGGCCUAUCCUCAGGACAUCACUGUCCGAUCGGCGUGGGUCCAACAUCCCUCACCCCAGCCAGUCAACUGUUUGCCACAGCACCAGAACGAUACCACUCCGUCUAUUGUGCACUGGACGGAGCUGUUUACCCAUUCACUUCCAUGGGAGCAGCACUGCAGUAACCAGUCCACUGCACAAUGGAUGGAGCAAUGUAGUCUACAACAGAACAGCGUAGGUUGCCGAGUUUCAUACCUCCACCGAUUUUAGAUAGUGGUGGUCAAUCCUGAGGAUAGGACAUCACUUGUAAAGGGCAGGACAGCCUCUUAGAAGUGAAUGCCCAAAUGUGAUACAUUUCUGGCUGCCUGCACCAUCACUAGGCCACUUUAUUGUAUGUAGUUGAAUGUUAAAACAGUAAGUGUAAGCUCCCCUUAGGGUUCGCUGCAGUCAGCCACAUCUUUAUCAUUUUAACUCUUGUCUAUUCAGUGGACUUUGAGCUCUACAGAAACAUACAAUAUAUUACAAAACUAAUCUGCACAUAAGGUUAUACCUAUUAAGAUAAAAGAAAAUAAAGUUGUACAAGCACUUUACACUACGUGCUGUCAUGCAUCUGUUGUAAUUAGCUUCUGAUCUGUAGAAGUGAACAGGUUGUUUGUCUUCACAAAUUGACUUCUACCUGGUUGGCCUCGGUUCUGGAAUUUCUCCGGGGGCUCUUCCUGAGCUCUGCUUCCACAGCUUUUCAUUUGAAGCUUUUAAAUGAUAACUGAACUCUGUAAAUAUGGAUAACGCAGAAGAUAAAAUGAUCCUCCAUGACUGAGUAUGCUGGAAAUCUUUACUACAAGGUGAAACCAAAGGGAAUGUCAAGUCUGGUUGUCCACCAUAAAGUAUUUGAAAUUUCCUAGUUGAUGUUUAACCUUCUGAAGUUUUUAGUGUAUGCAUGUCAUUGUUCCCGUGACUUCCAGCUGUGCCUUCAUAUCAGGUAGACCUAUUUAUUUUCCAGGUUUCGGCAUCAGACAGAGCUCCUCUGUGCUCGUGCCUUGUAUUUUUGGUAUCUGUGUCACAUACCAGGCUGAGAAUAAUAAUCUGCUCUGCCUUCAGGCAUAGAAAAUAACUAAAAGUAAAAGCUAAAAAAAAACACUGAGUGCUUGUUUAAGGUUCCAGAAGGCAACAUUACAGCCAAAUAAUUCUCGGAGGUGAAAAUGGCUGCAAUCAAAUGUGAAUUCAAUAAAGGAAACCAAACUUUAUGCAUAACUGUUUGUUAGUUAGGGAUAUUGUUCUAACCUGGUUGGAUCACCCCUGAUCUCAUGUGUUCAUAUUGCCGGAUGUAGUGGAAUAGGCCCAAACUAGAAGAGAACGCGUUUCAUACUUUUUACUUUGUGUCACUAUCUCCUCACGAUCAAGUAGACAUCAGUCACGGUGGAGUGUUUUGGUGUGGAGAUGUUCUACCUCUAAAAUACUAGUCGAGUCCAUCUAAUAUGUCAAGGCACCUCCAUUUGCUCUAAAACCUCAUUGGGGUUCAUUGAGGAAUAUAUGCAGUUAUAAUGUAGAAUUAUCACGAGAUUAGGUAUUUGUUUUGAUAAACAAUGUGAAUUUUUGAUAUUUUUGUUGUGAGCGUUAUAUUUUUUUAGCACUUCUGUUUAAUUUUUAUACUUCUGUAUUUAGCAUGUGAGAGACUUUGUGUACAUAAAAUGUUAUAAAAUGAA